AUGUCGAGUGGCUUUGGUGGUCGGAGGACGUUGCCGAUGGAGGAUGGCGAGGACGCGCCACGCGCCGACCUGCUGCCCUGUCACCCUCGCUCGGACAGGAGGUCCGACAGCUCGGCCAGCCUCGACCACCUUGUCGCGCUUCCUUCGCACGCGCCGCCCGGGCAUGUCGUUGUCGACGUCCGGACAACGGCCAACGCCGAGGGGAAUGAGGAGGACGACGGCGGCGGCGGUACGCUUGACUUCGUCGGCGGCACGGCCGUCCGUUUCGUGCUUGCGUUCCACGACCUGACGUACAACGUCGGGCGGCCGAGGAGGGUGGUGUUUCGCCGGCGGAGCACUCACGUCGAGACCGACGCGACUACCACGCGCGGGGGCGGAGCGAGGGCGAGGGCGCUGCUCGACGGCGUCUCCGGGGAGGCGCGGGAGGGGGAGAUCAUGGCCGUACUCGGGGCGAGCGGCGCCGGCAAGACCACGCUGAUCGACGCGCUCGCCGACCGGAUCCGGCGCGACAGCCUCCGCGGCGCCGUCACGCUCAACGGGGAGGCCCUCGGCGGCCGCCUGCUCAAGGUCAUCUCGGCGUACGUCAUGCAGGACGACCUCCUGUACCCGAUGCUCACCGUCGCCGAGACGCUCAUGUACUCGGCGGAGUUCCGGCUCCCGCGGUCGCUCUCCACGUCCAAGAAGGCGAGCCGGGUGCAGGCGCUCAUCGACCAGCUCGGCCUGCGCGCCGCGGCGAACACCAUCAUCGGCGACGAGGGACGCCGCGGCGUGUCCGGCGGCGAGCGGCGGCGCGUGUCCAUCGGCAUCGACAUCAUCCACGACCCCAUCAUCCUGUUCCUCGACGAGCCCACGUCCGGGCUCGACUCCACCAGCGCCUUCAUGGUGGUGAAGGUGCUGCAGGGCAUCGCGCAGAGCGGCAGCGUUGUGAUCAUGUCGAUCCACCAACCGAGCUACCGCAUCAUCGGCCUCCUCGACCGUCUCCUGUUCCUCUCCCGCGGGCGUACGGUGUACUACGGCCCACCGGCCGGCUUGCCGCUCUUCUUCUCGGACUUCGGCCACCCGAUCCCCGACGGCCAGAACCCUGCCGAGUUCGCGCUCGACCACGUCCGCCAGCUCGAGAGCUCCCCAAAAGGAGCCGACGAGCUCGUGGAGUUCAGCAACUCGUGGCAAAAGAAGCCGGUGGCCCGUGCCGUCUCGGCGGCAGCAAGAACCGGCCACCAUGAUAAGCCGUCACUGCCGCUUAAGGAGGCCAUCAGAAUGAGCAUUGCCCGCGGCAAGCUGGUGUCAGGCACCAGCGACAGCGGCACGGCGGCGGCGUCGACGGCGGAAGUGGCGACGUACGCGAACCCGUGGUGGGUGGAGGUGUGGGUGCUGGCUCGGCGGGCGUUCACCAACACGCGGCGCACGCCGGAGCUGUUCCUGAUCAGGCUGGGCACGGUGGUGGUGACGGCGUUCAUCCUGGCCACCGUGUUCUGGCGGCUGGACAGCACCCCCAAGGGCGUGAACGAGCGGUUCGGCUUCUUCGCCAUCGCCAUAUCCACCAUGUUCUACACCAGCGCCGACGCGCUCCCUGUGUUCCUCAUCGAACGCUACAUCUACCUCCGCGAGACGGCGCACAACGCGUACCGCCGCUCCUCCUACGUGCUCUCCAACGCCAUCGUCUCGUUCCCGCCGCUCGUCGUGCUCUCCCUCGCCUUCGCGCUCAUCACCUUCUUCGCCGUCGGCCUGGCCGGCGGCGCGGGAGGCUUCCUCUUCUUCGUCCUCAUCGUGCUCGCCUCCUUCUGGGCCGGCAGCGGCUUCGUCACCUUCCUCUCCGGCGUGGUCCGCCACGUGAUCAUCGGGUACACCGUGGUGGUGGGGUUGCUGGCCUACUUCCUCCUCCUGAGCGGCUUCUUCGUCACCCGCGACCGCAUCCCGAGCUACUGGACAUGGCUCCACUACCUGUCGCUGAUCAAGUACCCGUACGAGGCGGUGAUGCAGAACGAGUUCGGCGGCGAGCCGGGGAGGUGCUUCAUGCGCGGGGUGCAGAUGUUCGACGGGACGCCGAUCGGGGCGCUGCCGGCGGAGACGAAGGUAAGCGUGCUGAACGCGAUGAGCAGGUCCAUGGGGGUCGACUUCAACAGCAGCUCGUGCAUCACGACGGGGCCGGACAUACUGGCGAGGCAGGCGGUGGCGGAGCUCGGCAAGUGGAGCUGCCUCUGGGUCACCGUCGCGUGGGGCUUCCUCUUCCGCGCGCUCUUCUACCUCACGCUCGUGGUGGGGAGCAGGAACAGGCGGAGGUGA